AUGCUUUUUCCUUCAGUCCCACAAUGUUCUUCUUGCUUUUUCUUUCAGUUCCUCAACAUCCGUGUUGCUUUUUCCUUCAGUCCCACAAUGGUCUUGCUUUUUCUUUCAGUUCCUCAACAUUCGUGUUGCUUUUUCUUUCAGUUCCUCAACAUUCGUGUUGCUUUUCUUCAGUUCCUCAAUGUUUUCCUCAACGUUUUUCAUACUUUUUUUUCUUCAGUCCCACAAUGUUCUUCUUACUUUUUCUUUCAGUUGCUCAACAUUAGUGUUGCUUUUCUUCAGUUCCUCAAUGUUUUCCACAGUGUUCUUUUUGCUUUCCAUUCCAGUUUUUCAACGUUCUUCCUGCUUUUUUCUUUCAGUUCCUUAACGUUUUUCAUCCUUUUUUUCUUCAUUUUCUCAGUGCCAUCCUUACUUUUUUUCGUUUCGAUCUCGUUGUUUUUUCUUUCAUUUGUUUUUUCCACUUCCUUGAUUUUAAUUUCAGUUGUUUUGCUUUUUUUUAUUAUUUUCUCUUCCAGUUCCUUCAUAUUCUUGUCCUCCAUCGAUAACUUUUCUCUUUUGAAACGCGUCGGAAAUAAUUUCACUUAUCACUUUUAUAAUUCCUUUGUUUUCUCUUCCUCUUCUCUUUCAUUUAUUCUUUUUUUUCUCUUUAUAGUUCUUUUUCUUUUCACUUGUUUUUCUCUUUCCUUGUCUCCCCAUCUUUUUAACGUAUUCUUUCAACUAUUUCUCUUUCUAUUUUAUUUCUCUUCUUUCUUUUUGUUUUUCCUUCAGUCUCUUGCACCGUUUCUUUACUGUUAUAAUAAUUUUUUUUUUCUAUUUGGCUUCUUUUUCAAUCAUUUUUCUAUUUCGUUUUUCUAUCAUUUUUUCUCUCUUUCUUUUCAUGUUUUUCUUUCACUUAAUUUUUCAUUAUUUUAUUCUUUCGGCCUCUUAACUGCUGUUUAUAUAUUUAUUAUCUCCUUUUUUCAUUCUGUUGUUUUCUCUUCUUCUUUUUUUUCUUUCUUUUCUUUUCUUUUUUCCAUUUUUUAUUUUCUUUUAUGUUCUUUUUCGUUCUUUAUUUUCUUUUCUCAUAUUAUCUUCUUUUUCAUUUUUUUGUUUUCUUUUAUUAUUUUUCUUCUUUCUUUUCUUUUCAUUCUUCCAUUUUUUUAUUUUCUUUUAUUUUCUUUUUUCUUUUCCCCUUCUUUUAUUCUUUCUUAUAUACUCUUUUUCUUUUAUUAUCUUCUUUUUAUUUUCUUUAUUGUAUUCUUUUUACAUUCUUUUUUCUUUGCAUUAUUUUUUCAUUCUUUCAGAAUUUUUUCAUUUAUUUUCUUUUAUCAUCAUCUUUUUCACGCUUUAAUUUUCUCUUAUUAUUUUUCAUUCUUUUAUUAUCUAUUUCAUAUAUUUUUAUUAUCUUUUUUUAUUUAUCUUUUAUUAUUUUAUUUAUUGCUUCUGUUCUUUUAUUUUCUUUUAUUUUCUUUUAUUUUCUUCUUUUUUCAUUUUUUCUUUAUUUCUUUUAUUUUAUUUUUCCAUUUUCUUUUAUUAUCAGUUUCUUUAUUUUAUUUUAUUUUCUUUACUCUUUUAAUUUCUUUUUUCUUCCUUUUCAAUUUUUAUUUUUUUCAUUAUUUUGUCAUUCUUUUAUUAUCUUUUUCAUGUUUUAUUAUCUUUUUUUCAUUUUUUCUUUUAUUAUUUUCUUUUUCAUUUCUUUCUCACACACACACGCUCUCUCUCUCUCUCUCUCUCUCUCUCUCUCUCUCUCUCUCUCUCUCUCUCACUGGUAGCACAUGA